AUGGUGCUUCCAAUAUAUAGAGCUGUGGCUGAAUCCAGCGCACUCCUAUUGAUAGUUGCUACAUUGCAGGUUGUAUCGGUUGUCGUCAUGAACCAAAAGACAUCUUAUUUGAUGGACAAGUUUGGCGGAAACGAACCACCAGACAUGUGGUUUGGCAUUCAGAGUAAGCGAAUGUAUGAUUACCUUGCUGGAAUUGGGGUGGAAGGAAGAUUUGCCUAUCUGGAUGUGGUCAAAUGGGAUAUGGUGCCAACAAUUCCGAUAUACUCGACACUAUUGGGUUCCUUGCUUUACAAAGAAUGCAAGAAAGCUGGAAUUUCUCCCAAAUUAUCGUUGAUUAUUCUGCUUGCAACGAUUGGUGAUAUCAUCGAGACCCUUGGCUGUGGAUACGCCACCAAGACCUUUCUGAAGAUACCACUUACAAAGAAUGAAAUGACGGCUGUAUCGUAUGGGAAUCAAGUCAAGUGGAUUUCGUUGGGUGCGGGAAUUGCAAUGCUGGCUGUAUUGUUUUUGAAGAAUAUCUUUCUCCCAGUCGAAUACGGAAAACGUGUGCUGGCAAAUGGUGCCAUUAAAUUCAAAGAAGAGCCGAAAGGAACAUCAGCAAGUGAAAGUGGUGGUGAAGAAUCCUUAUCAUCGAAAAAGGAAGAAGUGAAGAAAGAGAAAUAA